AAGCUUUAAACCCUCUUUUGUCCCUCCUGUUUUUCCAUUUGUUCCUGAGGACAGUGCCUGCAGGCAGGAUGGCUCUGUGUGCUGGGUUUGUCAGCUUGCCCGAAGAUGAGUUGGAAAGUCCUGUCUGUUCCCGUCAUUCAGCGAAUGAUGUUCGCCUACUGUGUGUGGAGGCUUCAGGCUUCGCUACUGUGUUAGUGUUCCUGUGGGGCUCUGAAAUGACCCGGGUCUCCCUUGCCCUUACAGCCGUGCCUAGCCCGGCAUCCAUAAUGUUCCACCCACCACCCCCUUCUCGCUGGGAAGGUGGGAGGCUUUGCAGGGGAGGCGACACCCACCCAGUCUUGCAGAUUGUAGGCACUUUGGAGGUGGAGACUGGGAGGGAGAGCUUUCGUCUUGAACAGUUUGUGCAAAGGCACAGAGGCGUGAAAGGACCACUCCGUUCCAGCCGGGCUUGGAUUUCUUAG